GUCGACUUGGUUUUGUGUGCCAAUUCCAUAAAAUACUCAAAAAAUGAACAAUAUACAAAAAUCCACCGAAGAUUUCCUAAAAAAAGAAGCCUAUUCAGAAUUCGAUGCAGCUCAUCCAAGAUUUAUAAAGCAAAACGAAGAAGACGUGUUAAAAUUUCAGACAGAAAACCACUAUUAUUGUAAACAAUGCAAGUUUUUUUUUGCACCUACAGUGUUGGGCCUUAAAACCCACUUUAAAGGAGAUGUGGUGAAACAUGCUCCUUAUGAAAAGAACUGUGUGUACUGCGAGGGAAGUGUGUACGAGUAUUAUUUGAACAAUGUAAGACAAUAUUAUCAUAACUGCCAGAACUCUUAGUACCUGAAUCAUACCUAUACACGUUUGUACCUUUUAUACAUAAUCUAUUGAAAACUGUAUAUAUAUUUAUACAUACAACUAUAAGGAUAGGAUUAUUUAUUUAUUUUUAUUCCACUG